CUGUAUAAUUGCUGUAAAGUCUACCUUUUUCUUAGGCAAUGAUUCUUUUGUCUUUGGGCAAAGAUAAGAAGUUGUAAAAAACUCUUUUAAUUCUCUCUGUGUUUGGGCUGACUGUUGCUAAAUGUCACUUUUGUUUGUUAUUUCGAUUGUAUUGAUCAAUUUCUUCAAAUUACUGAAUCAAGCUGGUUUAAUACCUACUCGUAUUUCGCAGACAUUUUUUAAAUGAACGUGUUUAUUAAUCAUGUGCAUAUGCCAUUAUUGUAGUAUUCUAGGACUUUUUCUUGGUGAAAUAUUAUACGCUGCGCAGAAAUUAAUCCAGUGCUUAGCAAUCGGGUCGGUGUUCACGUGUCUGAUGUUCUCAUUCACGGUGAUCCUGAUGCUUGGCGUGGGGCUCGGCUACAACCACGCCUACGUCGAGAUCACUGGAACGAGGAGGCCGAAGUUGUUGAGAAGUGAAAAUAAUGAAAGUGAUGCUGAUGCAAUAGAAACGAGGACUGUAAUACCUGUGGAAAUACCUAUGUACGACUAUGACGAAAUACGGAUGAAACGAAGUCAGAACACAAGUUCUAACGCCACCACGGAAGAUUAUCCCUUGUCUCCCACCAUGGUAAUCCCUCUCCGAUCGAAGAAAAAUAUUCUACAGCUACUAAGGAAAGUAAAGAAACAAGGGAAAAACGUUACCUUGGAGAUUAUAGCAACGUGAUAGCCAAGGGAGAGAAAGUUGGGAAAGACGUCCUAUAAACAUUCAACCAGUCGUGUUUUUGUAGAUGUUGUUUUGGACGUGCUAUAUUUUAAUUUUAUUCUGUGACAGUCACGGUCUAUCAGUUUUAUUAUAUUUGUAUGUAUAAAUACUUGUACAGUACAGC